AUGGAUAUUUCAGGGAAAAAUAUAUUAGUUUCAGCGUCUGGAUCAUGUGCAGCUGCUAAUUCGAUCCCAGUUGCGUGCGAGCUUAUGACAGAAGAAAAUUGUGUAGUCAAAAUAUUGCUAACAAAGAAUGCUGAACGAUUUUUCUUUAAAGAUUGAAAUGGAUGUGAAGUCAUAAGAGAUGAUGGAUCAGAGAAUUUUGGAGAGGACACUGAAUACGGUCCUGAAAAAUUAUAUGAAUGAGCAGAUGCACUUAUAAUUGCUCCUAUUGGUGCUAAUACAUUAGCAAAAAUUGCGAUUGGGAUGCAUGAUAACUUAUUGGUGAUUUAUAAAUAGACGAAAGUUGUGCAGCAAUUUAUUAAUGGAAAACCGUUGAUAUUAGCUCCAGCUAUGAAUCCUAUGAUGUUUUCAAACCCAUUUACUGCAGAGCAUAUCAAUAAAAUCAAAACAGUUUAUACAAAUUCUUAUUUUGUAGAUACCACAACAGGAAUUUAUGGCUCAGGAGAAACUGGAAUGGGUGGGCUUGCUGAUAGUUGGGAUAUAGUUACUGCUUGUAAAAGCAUGAUGCUAUCAUCAAAAAGCUAA